CAGCCUAACAGACCGAAGAACAUUCCAGCACUCUUUUUCUCAGCAAGCCAAGAAUCGCAUCGGUGUCAUGGUCUCAGCGGGGUUACAGAUGCUGGGCAUAGCCCUGGGUAUCAUCGGUUGGAUCGGGGUGAUCUUGGCGUGCGCUCUCCCCAUGUGGCUCGUCACGGCAUUCAUCGGACAGAAUAUAGUCACGGCGCAGACCACCUGGGAGGGAAUCUGGAUGACCUGUGUGGUACAGAGCACCGGACAGAUGCAGUGUAAAGUCUACGACUCCAUGCUGGCCCUCAGCUCAGACAUGCAAGCGGCCCGUGCCAUGUGCAUCGUCUCUAUCCUGCUGGGCCUUGUCGGAAUCCUGCUGGCGGGCGCGGGAGGGAAGUGCACCAACUGCAUAGAGGACGAGAACGCCAAAUCCAAGGUGGGCAUUGUUUCGGGAGUGGUCUUCAUCAUCGGCGGGGUAUUGUGCUUGAUUCCCGUGUGCUGGACAGCCAACACGGCCAUAAGGGACUUCUACAACCCUCUUACGCCAGGCUCUAUGAAGAAAGAACUAGGGGCUUCGCUCUUCAUCGGGUGGGGCGCUUCUGCGCUGCUGAUUAUUGCCGGAGGGAUGCUCUGUGCCAACUGCCCGCCGAAGGACCAAUAUAGUGCGAAGUACACAGCUCGAUCUGGCGGAACCAAGGGCUAUGUGUGAAGGAACCAAAGAAAACUUGUGCAAAGAGUGACGUUUAAACAGCAUGAGCAACGCACGUGGCGCUUUGGUCAACGUUUGUUUUUGAACUGUUUUGUUGUAAUUGGCCGUGCAUGUGAACGUUGUGUCCGGUUGAAUCGGCAGUCAGCUGCCAGCGUGUGAUGGGAGUGGUGAAAUAGUCAGUAUUUGUUCGGUCAUAAAUAUGAACCGAGCCAUAGUGUAAACAACAGAUCUGGAAUGCAAAUACGUCUCGGUCAUUUUCUCCAUGUGGAUUUACAAACAUAAUAAUUCUUAGGAGUCGCUAGAACAUCUUCGCCAAUACUUUUUUAUAAAAAAUGUCAUCAAGAGAUGUUUAAGUUAAUGUCUGUUUUAACACAUUUCAACUGUAAGUAUUUCAACAAAUAAACUUUUUUACAGAAA